UCCAAUUUAUCGUCCAACAACAUUUGGUAUUUUGUCAUAUUUGGGAGGGAUGUGUAAAUUUUGGUUUCCAGAAAUUAAAGGUUAUAAUAAAGAGGGGCAAUUGGUAGAUAUUGGAGGAUUGGAUGAUAUAUUUUUCGUUCCGGGACUUUCUAUAAAUUUGUUAAAACAAAUUUUAACAAAUAUUUAUCUUAAUGUUGAAUUGGAUGAAGAAAAGCGACAAGAAAUUAUAAAUUUAUUUACUUUGGCUGAAAAACAAAUAAAUAUUGGGACGGAUUAUAUUUUUAAUUUGCGUUAUUGUUAG